CUAGACCCUAACCAAUACGGGUUUGUCGUCCACGUUCUUUUUCUCCAUGAAGAACAAAACCGCCCAAAAAGCAACCAAUCACCAACAACCACCACACUCUGCUACUCCACUGACCUGUCGCCUAUAAAUCCAAGAAAAAGCCUCCACCUGUCGUUUCACGUUUCACUCACUGUACAGCAAAACCCACAAGUCCUUUUCGUUUCUUCUUGUCACCCAAAAUAAUAAUAAACAGACGAGUAUUUGGCGCUGAUUAUUGUGACUUUUGGUGAUGUGGCCAAGAGUGCAGCCACCGGGAGUGAAGAUGUCCCGCUUUUUGGUUCUAGUGUUGGGGGUUUUGUCGAUGUGUUGGUGGGCAGCUAUAGUGGGUGCGGAAUAUGUUAGAUACAAGGACCCAGAGCAGCCGGUGGGGGCUCGAAUCAGAGACCUUAUGGGGAGGAUGACUCCGGAGGAGAAGAUUGCUCAGAUGGCUCAGAUUGACUGGAGUGUUGCAACUUUUGAUAUAAUGAGAGAUUUCUCAAUAGGAAGUGUCUUGAGCGGUGGUGGGAGUACACCACGUCCAGAGGCUAGUGCUCAGGAUUGGAUUGAUAUGAUAAAUGGGAUUCAGAAUGGUUCAUUGUCUAGUCGCUUGGGGAUUCCGAUGAUUUAUGGUAUUGAUGCUGUUCAUGGGCACAAUAAUGUCUAUAAUGCGACAAUUUUUCCACAUAACAUUGGGCUUGGAGCUACUAGGGAUCCUGACCUGGUGAAAAGGAUUGGUGCUGCAACAGCUAUUGAAGCAAGAGCUACUGGGAUACCCUAUGUCUUUGCUCCGUGCAUUGCGGUUUGUAGAGAUCCUAGGUGGGGUCGAUGUUAUGAAAGCUAUAGUGAAGAUCACAAAAUUGUGGAAGAAAUGACGGAUAUCAUAAUCGGUUUACAAGGAGAAAUUCCUGCUAAAUCUAGAAAGGGAGUUCCAUUUGUUGGUGGAAAGAACAAGGUUGCUGCCUGUGCAAAGCACUUUGCCGGUGAUGGUGGAACAUUCAAGGGCAUUAAUGAGAACAACACUGUCAUUGACAGGCAUGGGUUGCUUAGCAUCCACACGCCUGCUUAUUCUGAUUCAAUUAUCAAAGGAGUUUCAACGGUCAUGGUUUCCUAUUCCAGCUGGAAUGGUGUGAAGAUGCAUGCUAGCCAUGAACUUAUUACAGGCUUCCUAAAGGACACACUUAAGUUUAAGGGAUUUGUUAUCUCAGAUUGGGAAGGUAUUGACAGGAUUACUUUGCCACCACGUGCAAACUAUACCUACUCUGUCCAAGCUGGAAUUCUGGCUGGUAUUGACAUGGUCAUGAUCCCCUACAACUUUUCUGAGUUCAUCAAUGAUCUUACUUAUCUGGUUACAAACAACGUCAUUCCGAUGGAUCGCAUUAAUGAUGCUGUGGAGAGGAUUUUAUUAGUCAAGUUCAGCAUGGGCCUCUUUGAGAACCCUCUGGCUGAUCUCACGCUCGUCGACAAACUUGGCAGCCAGGCACAUAGAAACUUGGCAAGGGAAGCUGUUAGGAAGUCGCUUGUUUUGCUGAAGAAUGGGAAAAAUGAAACUGAUCCAUUACUACCUCUUCCCAAAAAAGUUCCAAAGAUCCUAGUUGCUGGUACUCAUGCUGAUAAUUUGGGCUACCAAUGCGGUGGUUGGACAAUCCAAUGGCAAGGAUUUAGUGGCAACAGCUAUACACGGGGUACUACCAUUCUUGCUGCUAUAAAAGCUGCAGUAGAUCCAAGCACCGAAGUCAUCUACAACGAGAAUCCUGACGGCAACUUCGUUGAAUCCGGCAAGUUCUCCUAUGCUAUUGUGGUCGCUGGUGAGCCCCCUUAUGCUGAGAGUCAAGGUGACAGCAUGAAUCUGACGAUGGUAGAUCCUGGACCAAGUGUCAUCAACAAUGUUUGUGAGGCUGUGAAGUGUGUGGUUGUCAUCAUCUCUGGCAGACCUAUUGUGAUUGAGCCCUAUGUUUCAUCAAUAGAUGCGCUAGUUGCAGCAUGGUUACCAGGGACUGAAGGCCAAGGCGUGACUGAUGUUCUUUACGGAGACUACGGAUUCACUGGAGAACUUCCAAGAACAUGGUUUAAAACUGUUGAUCAGCUACCCAUGAAUGUAGGGGAUUCACCUUAUGAUCCACUCUUUCCCUUUGGGUUUGGACUCAAAACUCAGGCGGGCCCAAGCAAAACUCUUGUCAGCAGGGAAACCUCGGCCAGUUCUGGGGGAAUGCUGUCGAUGCUAAUUGUGGUGGCUUCUGUAAUCCUCAGUUUGUACCUCACUGGUUAAAUUUAGGAGUCAUGUCGGACGGCUAUAUCAAUGAUAGAGUAGCAGGACUCAAGAUUUGAAAGAGUAGCAAGAGAGUUGGCAAGUUCUAGUAACUCUUAGAACUAGCAUUUAAUUGAUUCUUUCUCUAUGAUACUCUUAUUGGAUGGUUACUAGAGUAGUUUAGUACCUGAUAUUGAUCACUGUUGUUCCAGGAAUUUAGUGUAACUUCAAGGCUUGUACUGUGCAUCAUACAGACUUCUGAAUUCUGAUCAUGGAUUUGAAUAUAUUUUUGCUGCA